UGCCACUGAAUACUGGCAAAUUAAUUGUGGAUGUGGAACAAGAAAAACUAAUUAAGUUAUUGAGCAAUUUGAAAGAAGAUAACUUGGUAAAUGGUCACAUUGUACAGGAAGCUUUCAAAUCUCUUUGUAACGUCUUCAGUGAAGGAGAGAAUGAAAUCACCAAAGUGAUUAAUUCAGCUUCUAUCCUUUUUGCUACAGCCAUAUGUGAACACCUUAUACCACUUUCUGAUGUUGCCUCAAUAACAGAAAAUGGUGCACAUUAUCCUUUAUUUUUGUUAGUUCUGCAGCACAUUCAUAAGAAGAGAGGAAAAUUGGAGUUAUCAGAAAUAUUCAACAAGAGUAAGGUCAAUCUUAUGACUCAACUACCUGAGAAUGACAAAACAAAAGAACGUCUUUCAGAAAUUCUAGAAGAGAGAGAUCUUGCUUUCCUAUAUCCAUUGCUUCGCAUCCAAGCAGAUCUUUCCCGUCAACUUCAAGCUGAUCCAAACCCACAGUCAUUUUACAAAUGGAUAAAAGAAAAUUUAGAACAAUCGAAUUUCAAUGAUCCUGGAUUUAUUAAUGCACUUAUGACCGUACUCUUGAAAUAUAUAACUCACGAAUCCUCCAUUAUUGGUAAUGAUGAAAAGGCCAUCAUAGAGAAAGAAACAAGUUUACUUAAGAGAUAUCAACCUGUACUUCAUGCGUUUUUAAGGGAAAAAUCUUCUUUACAGUUGGUGGCGGUCUAUUCGUUACAAAUGCACUUUUACUCAUUAGGUUUUCCGAGGGGUCAACUCUUAAGAUGGUUUGUUGCUCUUUAUGAAAUGGAAAUAGUUGACGAAGAAGCUUUCCUCAAUUGGAAGGAGGAUGUCACUGAUGCCUACCCAGGAAAAGGACAAGCGUUGUUUCAG